UUCACGGCACUCCUACCCUGCGUGUCUAUCCCACGCGUGGGAAGCACAGCAAAAACGAGGGCUUCACUUGAGAGAGUGAAAAGAAGCGAUCGACGGAAAAGCGGGAAUCGUUUCAUCAGUUUUCAUUGCUGAGUUUACCUUUUCGGAGGAAGGAGCUCCUGAUAUCAGCGAGAAUCUCUGGUUUUUGUCACGGUGGACAGAGAGACGGCAUCGUGGAGCUAUGAAUGAGUCGCUGGUGGUGAACGACUCUUCUGCGACUCCUGUGUCAGGAGAAGCUCUCCCGUGGAUAGAGGCUGAGUUUUCGGACCGGAACGGCAGCCUGGAAUUCUCCACCGCCGCAUUAGAUUUCCCUAUCAACCCGUGGGACAUCAUGCUCUGUAUGUCAGGCACCGUGAUCGCCUGUGAGAACGCCAUAGUGGUAGCAAUCAUCUUCUACACGCCCACGCUGAGGACUCCCAUGUUUGUGCUGAUCGGGAGCCUGGCCACAGCUGACCUGCUGGCCGGCAUGGGAUUAAUCCUGAACUUUGUGUUUCAGUAUGUGAUCUCCUCUGAGACUAUCAGCCUUAUCACUGUAGGCUUUUUAGUGGCCUCCUUCACUGCAUCCAUCAGCAGCCUCUUAGCCAUUACGGUAGACCGCUACUUCUCCCUCUACAAUGCCCUGACAUACUUCUCAGAGAAGACGCUGCAGUACGUUCACUUGAUGUUAGUGGGCACCUGGGGGGUGUCUCUGUUCCUGGGCUUGCUGCCGGUGCUCGGCUGGAACUGCCUGGACGAGCCGGCCUCCUGCAGCAUUGUCCGCCCUCUGACCCGGAGCAAUGUCAUGCUCUUGGCCAUCUCCUUCUUCGCCAUCUUUGUGCUUAUGCUGACCCUUUACUUCAAGAUCUGCAAGAUCGUGUGCCACCACGCCCACCAGAUCGCCCUCCAACAGCACUUUUUUGCCACUUCUCAUUAUGUCGCCACCAAGAAAGGGGUGUCCACUUUGGCCAUCAUCUUGGGGACUUUUGGUGCCAGCUGGCUUCCCUUUGCCAUCUACUGUCUCGUGGGUGAGAGGGAGUAUCCGUCAGUGUACACCUAUGCUACGCUGCUGCCGGCCACCUACAACUCCAUGAUCAACCCCAUCAUCUACGCCUACAGAAAUGCCGAGAUCCAGCGCUCCAUCUACAUGCUUCUCUGUGGCUGCUUUCAAGCCAACGCAGCUUAUCGGUCCAGGUCACCUAGUGAGGUCUAAAAAAGGUGCUACAGCUUGCU